UAAUAUAUUUCUUAUAUACAGCUUAUACAGAUUUCUUAUACAGCUUUCUAAAAUUCUCCAAAACGCUUAUAUUAAUCUCCACAACAUCUAUAAAAGUAAAGUUAUUCUAAACUUUGAAUUGAGAGAAAAUCUCUGUGAAGCACUGGUCUACGGACCUGCUCGGAUGUUUUGACAAAAUAUAAAUUACAAAACGUACGGAAUUCCUGUAUUCAUUUAUUUAUAACCUUAAACGAAGAGAUCACGUAAGUUAUAAACUUCACAAUCUAAAAUAGUUAAAUAUAUCGUGUAGAGAAGAAUUGCUUGUUUUCUUCUUAAACACACUACAACCACUUAAAACUGGAUGCCCCUCAUAUUUGUUGGAAAAACUGACUUGUAGAAAUCGCAUUCAUUUUCGUGGAACCCGCUUCGAUUGUCAUGUCCAUGACUAAAUGCUGAACUACUAACUACUAAAGCUAGGCUACUUAAUAAAUAUCCUCAGAUUAGCCAAUAACAGAAUUAAACUACCUAAAUUGUUAAUCAGUUCUCUUUACUUAAUAUUGUUUUUGUAUCGUUUUUAUUUUUUGAUUUAUUGCUUGAUUCAUGUCUUUGUAUGUAAAGUUGGUAUACUAAAUUAAGUUUCCAUUGUCUUGUUAAAUAUUCAGCUGAUCUUCGCCCAGCUUAAACAAAAGGCGGUUUUAUUUUAUUAUUUAUUUAUUUAUUAAAUAUAAGUGUCAAAAGAGAAUUCAAAUUGAUCGCUUGCAUAUAUUCAAUAAUGGCCUACGAGAAUAUUUACUUUACUUGAAGGAAAUAUAUGUAAAUGAAAUAUAAUCAGGGCCUCCUUAUUACACCCGCAGCUUCUUUUUGUUUCGUCUUGAUUCUAGACUUGCUAUGUUGAAAGAUUUUAAUAGGUAUAUCAGAGUUUAGAAUCGUUGCUAUUUUUAUUUAUUAAAAAUUCAUACGAUAAAAAGCUGCAAGCUCCGUCCCUGAACAGGAACCAAAGUAUCGGAAAAGUGGUGAUGUGCAAGUUCUUGCAGGGACGGGAGAUUCUGAAACUCUCCAGAUACAGCAUGCUUCUGGCCGGUAUAUGGCGUCUUCCGUGGACCAAGAGCUCCUCGUUAAACAAAGUCUACCGUUUUUAUUCGGCUGCCAUUCAGAUAUAUUUCCCGCUGUUUCUCACCUCGAUGACCGUCAACUGCGCCCAGAUGCUCCGGAACAAUGACCAUUCCGGCACCGUAUUCCGAUCCUUCGCCAUGAUGAUCACCCUGUUCAUCGUUGAGGUGAAGGCGAUCCUCUUCCAGACGGCAAGCGUGAAGAGGAUCAUCGCGCAGGUGAUGGACGAGGAAAAGUCAAUUCUGGAUUAUGACGACCGCGAAAUUACCCGGAACCACUCGAAUCGGGUCCGGUUUUGCCGGAAAUCCAACUUCGCGAUAUUCGGUUUCAACUUUUUCUCCGGUGUCGCCAUGAUUGCGGGCAAUAUCAUCGCGAGAUUUCAAAUAGACAGACGCAACGAAAUGUUGAACGCAACUACAGCCAAGCCGUUCAUCUACGAUCUGUACUACGCGACGCUGGACCCCGAGGAACACCCGACGUUUCUAAUAUUUGUAAACUACGUGUCCUUAUCGGUAGCCGGGUUCAUGAUAUCGACCCAAGUGGUCUUCGUUUCUUGCAUCGUCUUCGCCGCCUCGAUGCUCGAAACGUUGCAGGUUAAGUUCAAGAAACCAGCAGGGUUUAAAGACGACGCGAGCUUGAGGCGUCUGAUUUCCGAACACCAGCAUGCGAUUCGGUUCGUCGAAAUGUUGAACGAUUCGACGAAGCACCUCAUGCUGCUAGAGUAUCUGCUCAAUUCGCUUAACGUGGCGUCGGUUUCAAUCCAGUUUCUCGUGUCGGAACGCAACGCAUCCCUCGCCUUUCCGAUAUUUCACUUCGGUCUGCUGCUGGUCCAGAUAUUCGUCCUCGCUUGGAGCUCGAACGAAAUCAAAGUACAGAGUUCGGGGCUGGCGGACGCCAUCUAUGAAUGUCUGUGGUUCGAGCGAACCGAGUACUCAAAAAAGCUUCUACUGAUCGCGAUAAUAAGAUCACAGAGACCUCUGGUCUUAACCAUCGGACCUCUUGGUGCUAUGACAAACGAGUCAGCACUUACGGAUCAGCAAAUUUUGAAAUUACCGAGGAACACCAUGCUGCUGGCCGGCAUCUGGCGUUUUCCGUGGACUAGCAACGUCUUGCUGGCCAAAGUUUACCAAUUCUACUCCGCGUUGAUCCAAAUUUAUUACCCGGUAUUUCUCACGUCGAUGAGCGUCGGCUUCGCGAAGAUGUUGGGCGAGCAAGUUUACUCAGUGAGCGUGUUCCGUUCAUUCGGAAUGAUGAUCACCCUCUUCGUCGUCCAGGUCAAAGUGAUCCUCUUCCAGACCCGCGGCGUAAAGCGGAUCAUAUCGCAGGUAAUGGAGGAGGAAAGGCCGAUUCUGGACUCGGAUGACGGGCAAAUAAUCCGAAACCAUUCGAAGCGGGUUCGAUUUUGCCGCAUAUCAAGCAUGGCGAUAUUCGGAUUCAACUUUCUCUCCGGCGUCGCGAUGACCUCGGCUAAUAUCAUUGCCAGAUUUCAAAUAGGCAGACGCAACGAAAUGUUGAACGAAACUACAGCCAAGCCGUUCAUCUACGAUCUGUACUACCCGGCGUUGGAUCCUCAGGAACACCCAACUUUUCCGAUGGUGGUAAAUUACAUCUCUAUGCCAGUGGCCGCGUUCAUGGUGUCCACACAGGUGGUGUUCGUUUCCUGCGUCGUGUUCGCCGCUUCCAUGCUCGAAACGCUGCAGGUUAAGUUCAAGAAAUCGGCAGGGUUUGAGGACGACGCGACCUUGAGGCGUCUGAUUUCCGAACACCAGCAUGCGAUUCGGUUCGUCGAGAAGUUGAACGAUUCGACGAAGCACCUCAUGUUGCUAGAGUAUCUGCUGAACUCGCUGAAUGUGGCGUCGGUUUCGAUCCAGUUUCUAGUGUCCGAACGAAACGUAUCCUUGGCAUUUCCGAUAUUUCACUUCGGUCUUCUGCUGGUCCAGAUAUUCGUUCUAGCUUGGAGCUCGAACGAAAUCAAAGUGCAGAGUUUAGAGCUGGCGGACGCCAUCUACGAGUGUCCGUGGUUCGAGCGAAGCGAGUACUCCAAAAAGCUUCUACUGGUCGCGAUAAUGCGAUCGCAGAGACCUCUGGUGUUAACCAUCGGACCUCUUGGUGCUAUGUCAAACGAGUCAGCACUUACGGAUACCGAAAUAUCCGUGCUUCCGAGGAAUGCUAUGCUGCUCGCCGGCAUAUGGCGUUUACCGUGGACCAGCAGCGUCCUGCUGGCUAAAAUUUACCAAUUCUACUCUGCGGCGAUCCAGAUUUAUUACCCGGUAUUCCUCACGUCUAUGAGCGUCAGCUUCGCGAAGAUGUUGGGCGAGCAAAUUUAUUCAAUCAGUGUGUUCCGUUUAUUCGGAGUGUUGAUCACUAUGUUCGUCGUCGAGAUCAAAGUGGUCCUCUUCCAGAUCGGUAGCGUGAGGCAGGUUAUCGCGCAGGUGAUACAGGAAGAAAAGUUGAUUUUCGACUCAGGCGACGCGAGAAUAAUCCGGAAAUACUCGAAGCGGGUUCAAUUUUGCCGCAUAUACAGCAUGGCAAUAUUCAGCUUCAUAUUUUUCUCCAGCGUCGCCAUGAUAUGGACCAAUAUCAUGGCGAGGCAACGAACAGAGAGACACAACUUGAUGUUCAACGAAAGUACAGUCAAACCGUUCAUGUACGAUCUGUACUUCCCGUCGCUCGACACGGAUAAAUAUCCGACGUUUCCCAUGGUGGUAAAUUACCUCUCCAUUCCAGUGGCUGGGUUCAUGAUAUCCACUCAGGUGGUCUUUGUUUCUUGCGUCGUCUUCGCCGCUUCAAUGCUGGAAACAUUGCAGGUUAAGUUCAAGAAAAGUGCAGCGUUUGAGGACGACGCGACGUUGAAAAUUUUAAUUUCUGAACACCAGCAUGCCAUUAGAUUCGUUAAAAACCUGAACAACUCGACCAAGUACUUAAUUUUGCUGGAGUUCCUGCUUAAUUCGGUCAACGUUGCAUUCGUAUCCGUCCAGUUUCUAGUGACCAAACCAGGCGCACCCUUGGCGAUUCCCGCGAUCCACUUCGCUUUUCUACUGGUCCAGGUAUUCUGCUUGGCCUGGAGCGCAAACGAGAUCAAAACGCAGGUGCGUCACAUUGCUCCAAAACUGAUACCCGCCAGCUCUUACCUUUUGCAGAGUUUAGAGCUAGCAGACGCGUUCUACGAAGGUCUUUGGUUUGAGCGGAGCAACACCAUUAAGAAGCUGGUUCUCAUCAUGAUCACAAGAGCGCAGAGGCCGUUGGUAUUGACGAUCGGACCUUUUGGUUUUAUGACAAAUGAAUCAGCACUGACGAUUAUGAAAGCUGCCUACUCCUAUGUCACUCUCAUGGCGAACACCUACCGCUAAGCUCACCCGGUGCGCCCAUUUGUAACUGUUAGGGGAAUAAAUCAUGCCA